UGAUUCUGCUUGAAAGACAGAAUGACAAAUCAUGUGGAGCAUCCUGCUGCGGGUUACAAGAAACUCUUUGAAACUGCAGAGGAGCUGGCAACCCCAAUGGCCACCCAUGUAACAGGACGGGUACCCCCAUGGCUAUCAGGAAGCCUCUUGCGAUGUGGGCCUGGUUUAUUUGAAGUUGGAUCAGAACAAUUUUAUCACUUAUUUGAUGGCCAAGCUCUUCUCCAUAAGUUUGACAUUCGAGAAGGACAUGUGUCAUAUCAUCGGAGAUUUGUUCGUACAGAUGCAUAUGUAAGAGCUAUGACAGAAAAGAGAAUUGUAAUCACUGAAUUUGGAACUUUUGCCUAUCCAGAUCCAUGCAGGAACAUAUUUUCCAGGUUUUUCUCAUACUUUAAGGGUUUGGAGGUCACAGACAAUGCUCUGGUAAACGUGUAUCCAGUGGGAGAGGAUUAUUAUGCCUGCACAGAGACCAAUUACAUAACAAAAGUUAACCCAGAGACUUUGGAAACUAUCAAAAAGGUUGAUCUGUGUAAUUACAUAUCCAUUAAUGGAGUUACUGCUCAUCCACACAUUGAACCUGAUGGGACGGUUUAUAAUAUCGGGAACUGCUUUGGAAAAAAUUUCGCCAUUGCCUACAAUGUAAUAAAAAUGCCCCCUCUGCAAGCAGACAAAGAAGAUCCAGUAACAAAGUCCAAGGUUGUUGUUCAGUUCCCCUGCAGUGACAGAUUUAAGCCCUCCUAUGUUCACAGCUUCGGAAUGACUCCAAACUAUUUAGUUUUUGUUGAACAACCUGUAAAAAUAAACCUAUUGAAGUUUCUUUCUGCAUGGAGUAUUUGGGGAGCCAACUACAUGGAUUGUUUUGAGUCAAAUGAGACCAUGGGGGUAUGGAUGCAUGUGGCAGAAAAGCAUGCAGGCGAAUACCUCAAUAUAAAAUACAGGACAUCUGCAUUCAACAUUUUCCAUCAUAUAAAUACUUACGAAGACAACGGAUUCUUGAUUUUGGACGUCUGUUGCUGGAAAGGAUUUGAGUUUAUAUAUAAUUAUUUGUACUUGGCCAACCUACGGGAAAACUGGGAGGAAGUGAAAAAACAUGCAGAAAAAGCUCCUCAGCCUGAAGCACGUAGAUAUGUCCUGCCUCUUGAUAUUAACAAGAAUGACGUUGGGAAAAACUUAGUAAGUCUGAACUACACAACAGCCACCGCCACCCUACACACUGACGGCACAAUCUGGCUUGAACCAGAGGUCCUGUUUUCCGGUCCUCGCCAAGCCUUUGAAUUUCCACAAAUCAAUUACAAGGAAUAUGGGGGGAAAGAUUACUCCUAUGCUUAUGGGCUGGGACUGAAUCAUUUUGUUCCAGACAGGCUUACCAAGCUCAAUGUUAAAACAAAAGAAACCUGGGUAUGGCAGCAACCAAAUGCAUACCCUUCGGAGCCUAUUUUUGUCCAAGCACCGGAUGCCAUUGAAGAAGAUGAUGGGGUAUUGCUGAGUGCAGUUGUUAGCCCUGCAGUGGGACAUAAGCCAUCUUUCCUGCUUAUUCUGGAUGCCAAGAACAUGAGUGAAAUUGCCAGAGCCGAGGUUGACACCAUUAUUCCAGUCACAUUCCACGGAAUGUUCAAAAAAGCCUGACCAAAGAAACCUUGAACAGAAUAACCAGUGUUGCUUCUAAAUCUUUAACAUGAAGAUGGAUGACAAGAAGCAUUUACACUGUACAAACCAUCAGUUUAUCCUGCCAACAUAUGAUUUAUUCUUCAGGAAAGCACAGCUGCCACCCAAGUCAGAAAUAAAAGUGCUCAGAGAUAUGCACUCUUUAGCUUUAAAUUGGUGUCACAGCACUGAUCAUCUUACAGUGAGUCCCUUGAAACACAACAAGUGACCUGAAGCCUCUGAAUUGUUAGAUGGCAUCCAAAUGCUUAUGUUUGCAUAAGUAUAACCUGCAUGCAAAAUGUAUUAUCAUUUGACUAGUCUCACUGUGAAUUAAGAAAAAUAUAACUAAAACCAUUGAUAGAUUUUUCGGUAAAAAAUUCCUUUAUGUAGAACUACAGUUGUCUAUCAUUGCCUCAGGCAACCCUAUUAGACUUAUUCACAAACACCCUUGAUAAUGAUUUACAUGAGAAGUUAUGAAUAACAAAUUAGUCCUUUUCAAAGACACCCAUGCCACAAUUAGAUAUACACUGCCCUCUAGAGGCAUUUUGAAGGUAAAACAAAUGACUGUCCAUGGUGCAUCAGCCAUAAAGCAUGUAUGUAUUUGCUCACUAGACAGCACAUUCUAGAAUGAAGAGGCUCAUUAAGUUUUGUAUGCACAAAGGCAAAGCCAAAUCGUGUCAAACAUUUGUUUCUUUGCUCACCAGUGAUCUCCAUGGGUACAGAACAACAGGCUGGAAACUGGAAAUGGGGUUUCCCUUUAUAUUGAACCCCACAUGGAUCAGCUGAUUACCAUUGAAUCUUAUUUUUAAAAUGCCACAACCAUUGCUAUUAGCUUCUGAAAAACUCAUCUCUGGUUAGGACUAGCCAACCUACAUUCGUAUUAUUACCAUGUAUAUAUAAAUGUCAACAUACUCUGCAGGGUUGCACAAUAAAUAUUUGUAUCUGAUCAACCUA